ACGAACCAGAACCCGUGCAGGCAGGCGCCGUUCCUUAGCCCCGUCCCUCCAUUUUGCUUCCCGUCUCUUCAUCUUCUUCGUCAUCGUUGCGACGGUGUUUCCAUCCUGUAAAAGAACUUCAUCGUGUGAUGUAGAUCUGCGGAAGGGCGGGAGGAAGAGGGAGGGGUUCAUGGCGGUGUCGAGCGGGUCGCCGGUCUCGAGAGAUGCAGACCACGACGAGAGCGCAGUCGCCACCACUGUCGAUUUCGGGAAUUCGGAAACCCUAGACAAGAUCCGACGGCUCACGGACGUCGGCGCCAUGACUCGCCUCCUCCACGAGUGCGUGGCAUACCAGAGAAGCCUCGACAUCGAGCUAGAGGGCAUUCUCUCCCAGAGGUCCGAGAUUGAGCGGCAGCUCACUGGGCUUCUCAAAUCGGCGGAGAUACUGGAGAUCGUGAGGGCGGAUGCGGAUCACAUGCUCUCGAGCAUCCAGUCCACGUGCGAUCUGGCGGAUCAGGUUAGCAGCAAGGUCCGGGAGCUCGAUCUGGCGCAGUCACAGGUUGGGUCGACGAUCUCUCGGAUUGACGCCAUUGUCCAGAGGGGCAAUUGCAUAGACUUAGCGAAGAAGGCGCUCGAGGCCGAGGAAUACGAGUCGGCGGCCGAUUCCGUGCACACAUUCCUUCGGAUUGAUGCAGAGUUCGGCGGUUCAGGGUUCUCGGAGCAGAGAGAGCAGCUUCUGGAGUCGAAGAGGCUAUUGGAGGGGAUUGUAAGGAAGAGACUGACGGCGGCGAUCGACCAGAGGGACCACCCGAUGAUUCUCAGGUUCGUGAAGCUCUUCUGUCCUCUAGGGAUACAGAACGAGGCUUUGCAGAUCUACGUUGCCUAUCUUAGAAAGGUUAUCUCCUUGAGAUCUAGGUUAGAAUUCGAGCAUUUGAUGGAAUUGGUGGAACAGUCUGUAGGACACAACGGAACUCGAGAGCAGGCCGACUUCGUGGCGUGCCUGACGACUCUGUUCAAGGAUAUCGUUCUCGCAGUGCAAGAGAACGAAGAUGUUCUCAAGGGACUGUGCGGGGAAGACGCGAUCGCGUAUGCAAUCUGCGAGCUUCAAGAAGAAUGUGAUUCGAGAGGGUCGAUUAUCUUGAAAAGAUAUAUGGACUAUAGGAAAUUGGCGAGGUUAGCUUCAGAGAUCAACUCGUACAGUAAGAAUCUCCUCUCCGUUGGGGUUGCGGACGGUCCGGACCCAAGGGAGAUCGUGAUUUACCUUGAGGAAAUAGUCUCGCUUGCACAGCUGGGUGAGGAUUAUACCGAAUUCAUGUCGGCUAAAAUCAGGGAGUUGAACUCCGUGGACGCCCAGAUCGGCCCUCGGGCAGCUAAAGCUUUCCGAAGUGGUGAAUUCAACAAGGUGAUUCAAGAGCUUACUGGGUACUAUGUCAUCCUUGAGGAGUUCUUUAUGGUCGAGAAUGUGAAGAAGGCUAUUAAGAUUGACGAGCAAGUGCCGGAUAGCCUUACAACGUCGAUGGUGGAUGAUGUGUUCUACGUUUUAGAGAGUUGUUGCAGGAGGGCAAUCUCUACCUCAAAUAUCCAUUCGGUUUCUGCGGUCCUCAGUGGGGCCAUGAACCUCUUGGGCAAUGAAUACCAGGAGGCCUUGCAGCAGAAAUGUCGAGAACCCAAUUUGGGAGCUAAGCUGUUUCUUGGUGGAGUUGGGGUACAGAAGACGGGAACCGAGAUUGCAACUGCUCUGAACAAUAUUGACGUGAGCAGCGAGUAUGUCUUGAAGCUGCGCCACAAGAUUGAGGAGAACUGUGCAGAGGUAUUCCCAGCGCCAGCAGACAGGGAGAAGUUGAAAUCAUGCCUAUCAGAACUAGGUGAAAUGAGUAAUGCUUUCAAGCAAGUUCUGAAUUCAGGCAUGGAGCAGCUGGUUGCAACUGUGACGCCGCGCCUCCGUCCAGCCUUGGACAUUGUUGCUACCAUUAGCUACGAGUUGUCUGAAGCAGAGUAUGCGGAGAACGAGAUCAACGAUCCAUGGGUCCAGAGCCUGUUGCAUGCUGUAGAGGCCAAUGCCACAUGGCUGCAGCCCACGAUGACAAGCAACAACUACGACUCUUUCGUGCACCUGGUGAUUGAUUUUGUGGUGAAAAGACUGGAGGUGAUCAUGAUGCAGAAGAGGUUCAGUCAGCUGGGAGGCUUGCAGCUAGACAGGGACACCAGGGCGCUGGUGAGCCACUUCUCUGCCAUGACUCAAAAGACGGUGAGGGACAAGUUCGCGCGGCUUACUCAAAUGGCUACGAUUUUGAACCUGGAGAAGGUUUCUGAGAUUCUGGACUUCUGGGGGGAGAACUCCGGCCCCAUGACAUGGAGGCUCACCCCAGCUGAAGUGCGAAGGGUUUUGAGCCUCAGAGUGGAUUUCAAGCCUGAGGCGAUUGCUUCCCUCAAACUAUAACCAGCAAAAAAAUUUUGUUUUAUUUCCUUUUUAAAAUUCUGUUCUCUUUUUAAUCCUCUGUUUAUACGAACCUGAGCGAUUCAUAUUGUUCUUCUUGUUGUUCAUUAUUAUUCAAAAA